AUGAGAAUCUAUAGUUGCCAUUUUUGUUCAUCCCCAGUUUAUCCUGGCCACGGAAUAACAUUUGUUCGUAACGAUGCCAAGGAAUUCAGAUUUUGUCGUUCCAAGUGCCAUAAAAAUUUUAAACAGAGAAGAAAUCCAAGAAAACUUAAAUGGACUAAAGCUUUCCGUAAAGCAGCUGGUAAAGAAUUGGCUGUUGAUACUACCCUAACCUUUGCUAAGAGAAGAAAUGUCCCAGUUAGAUACAACAGAGACUUAGUUCAAACCACCCUGAAGGCCAUGGCGAGAAUUGAGGAAAUUAGACAAAAGAGAGAACGUGCGUUCUAUAAGAACAGAAUGAGAGGUAACAAGGAGAGAGCAUUAGCUUUGGAUAAGAAAUUGGUGGAGGAGAACCCAGAAUUAUUGAAGAUGAGGGACGUCGAAUUAAGAAUAAGGGAAGAAAAGAGACUCGCAAGAGAAGAAAGACAAAGACAAGAGGAAGAAAUGGAAGAAGACGACGAAGACGAAGAAAUGGAAAUCUCCGAAGACGAAGAACAACAGGAAGAAGAACCUCAAAAGAUUUUGCUCACAAACAAGAGAAGAUCCAAGGUCAAGUUUUAA